CUCACCUUACGGCAGAGCGGGGAACUCUGCCUUAGAUUCUCCCUGUACUGGAGAGGGAUGUCGCAAGGUUGGGGAAGAAACCUCUGGGUUUGCGACUGUAGCUGUCGAUUUCCGGCCAAUACAGAGGUGUCUGAAGGCUGGUUGGGGUGGUGAGGCCCGAGGCAGCUUCUGGAAUUUCUGAGCAGCCCUUGUCAGUACAAGAUGGACCCCGUAGUCUUGAGUUACAUGGACAGUCUGCUGCGGCAAUCAGAUGUCUCACUAUUGGAUCCGCCAAGCUGGCUCAAUGACCAUAUUAUUGGGUUUGCCUUUGAGUACUUUGCCAACAGUCAGUUUCAUGACUGCUCUGAUGAUGUCAGUUUCAUCAGCCCUGAAGUCACCCAGUUCAUCAAGUGCACUAGCGACCCAGCAGAGAUCGCCAUGUUCCUUGAACCACUGGACCUCCCCCACAAGAGAGUUGUAUUUUUAGCCAUCAAUGAUAACUCCAACCAGGCAGCCGGAGGAACCCACUGGAGUUUAUUGGUCUACCUCCAAGAUAAAAAUAGCUUUUUUCAUUAUGAUUCCCAUAGCAGGAGCAACUCAGUCCACGCAAAGCAGGUAGCAGAGAAACUGGAAGCUUUCUUAGGCAGAAAAGGAGACAAACUGGCCUUUGUGGAAGAAAAAGCCCCUGCCCAACAAAACAGCUAUGACUGUGGGAUGUACGUGAUAUGUAACACUGAGGCCUUGUGUCAGAACUUCUUUAGGCAACAGACAGAAUCACUGCUACAGCUACUCACCCCUACAUACAUCACAAAGAAGAGGGGAGAAUGGAAAGAUCUCAUUGCCACACUUGCUAAAAAGUAACUAUGGAAGUAUAUUUGCGACUUUUGAAGGCUCCUCUUUCUGCCCUUCCCCAUUUGUUGGAUGGCUGCAAUCUCAGUGCCUGAGGGAAGACGCCUGGUAGAGGAAAGCUUAAUACUCUUUUUCCUGAAAGAAUAUCAUCCUCUGUGUUAUCCCCAUGGAACGUUUCACUUUAACCCUGACUUGAGAGCGAUAUGGUCUAUGAAAAUAUCUUGAAAUUGUACACCAAAACCUUAUAACCAACUUAUUUGAACAUUUAUUACACACAAGGUUCAAGUAAGACUUUUCUUAUUGGUAUAUAAUUAAUUUCCUUUGGUCUCCUUUAUCCACAUUGGCUUUUUCUGGAGGAAAAGCAGUGAUCUGUAAAACAAAUCAAGAAUAUAUCCUCUUGAUAGAGGAAUGCAGGGAAGAAAACUAUAAAACAGAACCAAAAACUUGUUGCACAGCCUACGUAAUUAAGAGAUCAACUGGCUGCAAGCAGAUCAAGGCCUAACUCCAUUCAAGACUUAAAUAUUAUGAGACAGUUAUUCGGUUUUAUGUGAUAUCUCUUCCAUUCACCAUGCACAGGCUUUUCCAGCUAUCUGCAUAACGUUUGCAAAUAUUUGAUAAAGAUGAUGUUACCCUAUCUUCCUCCAUCUGAUUCCUGGAAUGCUUGAAGAAAGGGGAAAUCUCGAGUAACCUCAUUAAAAUGAAUGUCUGGUGGACCUCUCA